UCGACUUCCAACCGUACGUUGCACUUACACACCGUGAACUUCUCGUCCUCCCUGUAUAUAUACGUGACGGACGUCUCCACUGUUUUCCGCACCGUGCGUCUAGUCUCACUGUAUAUGUCCGCCGUCGAGAUGGAGGUGUUCUCCGACGGCCAGCUCUUCGUCCUCACCGUGCUCAUGUUCACAGGAGGCGAGGUGUUCGUGUCGCUUGUAGGCCUCGCGUCCAAGUGGUCCAAGCUGAGGAAACAAGGUACUAUAAGCAUAUCACAGCGCGUCGAGAGCCACGACGACGAAGGAGUCGAGCUCGAGACGACGCCACAGGUAGCUAACGCCACCGACACCGACAGCUGGACGAGAAACUCCGACGAGACGAGCAAAAGCCCGAUUGACGCGAAGUGGCUGCGGCGCGAGGCCGUGCGCUCGCUGUCCCUAGUCGUCCUCGCCAUCGUCGUGGCGGCGCACGUACUCGGCGGCGCCGCCAUUGCUGCCUACGUCUACGCGUCUCCGGGCGCGAGGCGGACGCUGCGGAGCAAGGCCCUGGGCGUGUGGACCUUCGCCGUGUUCACGACGGUUUCCACGUUCUCGAACUGCGGGUUCAUGCCGAACAACGAGAACAUGGCGGCGUUCAGGCGGGACACCGGGCUGCAGCUGCUGCUCGUGCCGCUGGCGCUGUCGGGGAACACGCUGUUCCCGACGCUGCUGGCCGUGUGCGUGCGCGCUGCUGCCGAAGCGACGCGGAGGCCGGAGCUGGUGGAGAUGACGGCGAGAAACGGCAGGGAGCUGACGGGGUACUAUCACCUGCUCCCGGCGCGGCGGUGCGCGAUGCUGGCGGCAACGGUGGCCGGGCUCGUCGCCGUGCAGGUGUGCAUGGUGUGCGGCAUGGAGUGGGGUGGCGCGCUGCGGGGUAUGGGCCCAUGGGAGAAGGUGUCCAACGCGCUGUUCGUGGCGGUGAACUCCCGGCACACCGGCGAGUCGACCCUCGACCUCUCCACCCUGGCGCCUGCCAUCCUCGUCCUCUUCGUGCUCAUGAUGUACCUGCCUCCAUACACCACAUGGUUUCCAUUUGAGGAGAGCUCGGGCGUGAAGGACCAUCCCACGGAGGAGACCCAGGGGAGCAGGUUGCUCAAGAGCACGGCUCUGUCACAACUCUCCUACCUCGCCAUCUUCAUCAUCGCCAUCUGCAUCACCGAAAGGGAGAACCUCGAGGAAGACCCCCUCAACUUCAGCUUGCUCAGCAUCGUCGUUGAAGUCGCCAGUGCGUAUGGAAAUGUGGGGUUCUCCAUGGGCUACAGUUGCAGUAGACAGAUCAGCCCGGACCGGCUGUGCACCGACAGGUGGACCGGCUUCGUCGGGAGGUGGAGCGAUUCUGGCAAGCUCAUCCUCAUUCUUGUCAUGCUCUUCGGGAGGCUCAAGAAGUUCGGCAUGAAAGGUGGCAAAGCCUGGAAGCUUGGUUAGAUGCAGCACCAGGUGGCCAUUGCACUGCAGGUGGGUGGUCAUGUUGUUUUGUGAAUGGACUCUUCCCCUUUUUUCAUUUUCUUACCUUCCAUCUUUGUGUACUCAUAUAAGGUGCACAAGGAAACCUUCCACCUGCCAUCCUUGUACAGAUUCACCUGCAAGUUCUGCUAGUAUCACAUAGGUGAAUGAAAAGUUAAAUCAUAAAAAAGAAAAAAAUCAAGCAUGGCUUGGUGGUUUGCUAGUCACUUGUUCCAAAAAGUUGGCAGCCACAGAUCUGGAGCUGCAGAUACACCACAUCCUCGUGUGUACAGGGAGAUUUUCCAGUCAAGUGGUGCUCAGCUCACAUUGGAUGUCCGGAUGUAUCUGAGGCCACAGAUAAUUAUUAAUGGAAAAGAACUAUAUUGCUA